UGGCAUCCCGGAGUUCAGACGAAGCCCCAGACCGGGGGCGAUAUUUCGAACUGACUGUUCUUCUAGUGACCCAGUAGAACAGCCGAAAUGUCGCCUCCAGACCUAAAGCUUCAUUCUUAAAUUUCGGCAUCGUUCUGUCUUCGUUCGGUAAACUUGUACCCGGAUUUUUUUAUAUAUCCUAAGACUCUAAGCCCUACCUUGCGUAAGUUAUAAAACUAGAUAAUAUGUUGCCUUUCCAGGGUGACGCAGCAGCAAGUAGUGUGCCAGGUGACCCGACUCCUUUCCCGGCCUGUCCUGGUACGUCGCGUUCCGUCCAGAGCAGCCUCAAUGCUAGUAGAACCAUCAGCGCCAAGUGUGUCAGCUGCCACGACGCCUUCAUAUUUCUUAAGGUCCUCAACUGUCUGCACACCAUCUGCAAAUUUUGCCUGGAAAAGCAACAUACAAGCCCCGACAAGUUGAAGUGCCCUCUGCGUUUACAGGAAACAACCUUACCAGCCGAGGGCAUUGCCGGACUCUUCUCAAACUACGCCACAUCAAUCAUCCUCAAGACUUUGGUGCUCGAUCACUCUUUCCUCACAUGCACUGCCUGCAAACACACAGCCGUUCCUGCAGUUGCACGCUGCCUUGACUGCGUCCACUACAUAUGUUUCAAUUGUGUAAUGGCGCACCAAUUCAUGAAUUGGCUUCAAACCCACCGCGUCCUCACAUUGGGUGAGAUCCAGAUCUAUCCAAACAACCUUCGAAAAAACGAUCAAGCAGCACGUUGUUUUCGCCACAAGAAUGACUCUUCAGUUCAUCUGCAGGACCUGCGACAUUUGUGUUUGCAGGGAGUGCACAGCGUUUGAACACCCGACGGGCACCAACAACCUCAUGGCUCUUGUCGAUGUGAGGCAAAAGCUCACCGAAGAUCUUUCGUUCGUCAUCAGCAGUACUAAAAAGAAAGCCAACAACCUCCUCAGCUCUGUGACCUUCAUAGAAACAACUUUAAGCCGGCUACACAUCCAGUACUGCAAGACUCAGGCUGAUAUUACCAGCACCUUCGAAGCCUGGAACGAGACGACACUGGAACAGAGCCAGCAAGAAAUUCUGAUAGACCUGGAAUACAUCUAUAAGAAAAACCUUCUGAUAAUGGAGCGGCUGGGUAAGAAAGUGCAGGAGAGCCUAUGCAAGAUCAUCAAAGUUUGCGUCAUUGCCGAAAGGCUAGCCAACUUCUCUUCUACAAACAAGGAAUUACUAGCAUUUCAACAACUGCUCGAUACAGGUUUCCAGAAAAUAAUGACAUUCAACCCUGAGACACACCUGCAAAGCAUGGACCUGGUGUUCGCGCCAAACUUUACCACCCUGCAAGUGAGCAUCCGAAAUUCCUUGGCCUGGAAAAGCAACACACAAGCCCCGACAAGUUGAAGUGCCCUCUGCGUUUACAGGAAACAACCUUACCAGCCGAGGGCAUUGCCGGACUCUUCUCAAACUACGCCACAUCAAUCAUCCUCAAGACUUUGGUGCUCGAUCACUCUUGCCUCACAUGCACUGCCUGCAAACACACAGCCGUUCCUGCAGUUGCACGCUGCCUUGACUGCGUCCACUACAUAUGUUUCAAUUGUGUAAUGGCGCACCAAUUCAUGCAUUGGCUUCAAACCCACCGCGUCCUCACAUUGGGUGAGAUCCAGAUCUAUCCAAACAACCUCCGCACUCCGAAAGCAGCACUCCGAAGUCUGGCUGCGUGGAGCAUAAUCACGACCCGAUAUAAAGGUCCCUACCACCGACAAUCCUUCCAACAGAUAUUCCCAAACUCCUCUACGAACGAGCAACAACGCGUCAUCGAGCACAUCAUUAAUGCGUGAACGCACCUACUGCAGUCGUGCAAGUUGCUCUGCAAGCAAUGACCCACGUUCUACAAGGCUCUUGCUUUCUGCGGAAAAAUUGUCCACUGUACCAAACCCAACAUUUCCCUUUGGGCCUCACCCUUCAGAGCCCAGCGUUAGCCUGCUGCACAGUUUAUUCGCCUGUGGUAACCUCCUGCAUAACAAGUCCGCAAUAACGCGACAGAAAAUUCUCUACCACGGCACGUUUGGAGACUUCGACGCCAUGGAGGGUCAGUUCACGGAACCGUCUGGAGUAGCUGUUAAUGCUCAAGGCGACAUUGCCAUAGCAGACACCAACCGACAUUGUAUGCUGGUAUUCGACCGAGGCAGCAGAUUCAAGAUACGCUUCAGCGAGGGCGGCAGGAAAGACGGUCAAUUGCAUUACCCGAGUCGUGUUUUUGUCGUUCGCGCUUUCGGGGACAUCAUAGUCACCGAGCGAUCUCCAACGCACGAGGUCCAAGUUUUCAACCAGUACAGACAGUUCCUGCGAAAGUUUGGUUCCUCAGUCUUGGAGCAUCCGCGCGCAGUCACUGUCGACAGCAAACGACGAAUUAUCGUCGUUGAAUGCAAAGUGAUGCGCGUUAUCAUCUUCGACCUUUGGGGAAACAUCUUGAGUCAGUUCAGCUAUUCCGAACACCUCGGGUUCCCGAACGUCGUCGCAGCAAAUAACAAGGGUGAAAUCUUUAUCGCGGACAAUCGAGCCCAUUGUGUGAAGGUGUUCUCCUGCGAAGGUGCACUUCUCAGGCUCAUUGGUGGAGCGGGGGUAACCAACUAUCCCAUAGCUGUCUGCAUCAACAAAAAUGGUCAUCUGGUCGUAUCCGAGAAUCACCACUGUUUCCACAUCACGGUGUUCAUGCAAUAUCUGCUGAGUGCUUUCGAAAGCCACGUGAAGCAUGCACAUUGCUACGACGUAGCCCUCACGCAAGAUAACUCCGUCAUAUAGAAAGGACUGCAAACUCUACAUUUAUCGCUAUGACCAGUCGCUAUGUUCUGAAGGUUGUAUGCACUAAA